GAAGGUUGUUGCAAAUCACUCAAUUGUUCUUUGUAAUUCCCAUGGCGGGAACCAUCCAUGCCCUAAUUCUCACACCUCGACCCGCCAAAUUGUUGCCGUUUGCUCACCGAAUCCCACAUUUUCCGUCCAAACAUGCGGCAUUCCGUUUCAAUUUUCAACUUAGCCGCUCCAUUUCGAAACCCGUCAAAGCUUGCCAACAGUCCGAUCAGAUAGAUGGUGAUGGAAAGAAAGCUCAUAACGAUUCUGGUUCAGUGAAGGGCUUGAGUUGGGCUAAACCAUUGUCGAAUUUCGUGGCGAAUAAUUUUCUUCCCUUAGCUCUUGUUGGUGGAGUAGCUUUAGGGAUGGCAAAUCCUAGUCUAGGUUGUCUGGCUGAUACGUAUUCUUUGUCAAAAUUUAGCACGUUUGGGAUUUUUAUCAUCUCAGGGUUGACCUUGCACACUGGAGAAAUUGUUGCAGCUGCACAAGCAUGGCCUGCCGGAAUCUUCGGGCUAGUCUCCAUUCUUUUAUUUACUCCAUAUUUUUCGAGGAUAAUAUUGCAACUGCAGCUCCAACCUCCAGAGUUUGUUAGAGGGCUUGCAAUAUUUUGUUGUAUGCCAACUACACUAUCAAGUGGAGUGGCACUUGCUCAGCUUGCAGGGGCCAAUUCUGCUCUUGCUCUUGCCAUUACUGUGAUCAGUAACCUUUUAGGAAUUUUGAUUGUCCCAUUUUCUAUAUCAAAAUACAUAGCUGGUGGAGUUGGUGUAUCUGUUCCAACUAAGCAACUGUUCAAAAGUCUUGUUCUAACAUUGUUGAUCCCCCUAAUCUUGGGGAAGAUUUUUCGAGAAUCCUUCAGAGGUGUUGCAGACUUUGUUGAUCAAAACCGUAAGCUUCUUUCUAAGAUCAGUGCAGUCUUCCUCAGUUUAGUGCCAUGGAUACAAGUUAGUAGGUCGAGGUCACUGCUGUUGAUGGUUAAGCCUCCAGUUUUUCUUGUGGCUAUUGGAAUGGGAGUACUUCUGCACCUCAUCUUGUUAGCCUUUAAUGCUCUUGCUCUAAAGGGCAUCUCAGCUGUCUCUGGUGGCAGUCGAUCAGUGUUUUCCAAGGAAGAAAAUGCCAAUGCUGUUCUCCUUGUUGCGAGCCAGAAAACUCUGCCUGUAAUGGUGGCUGUAGUGGAGCAACUUGGUGGUGCACUGGGUGAAUCUGGUUUGCUUGUUGUUCCUUGUGUUGCAGCACACUUAAAUCAGAUUAUUAUUGACUCGUUUCUUGUUAACUUCUGGCUUCGGAAGGACCUCUCGACUGACAGUACAAAGGUAUCUUGAGUACUGGAAAUGUGGCUCAUGUGUACGAAGGUAUCUUGAGUAUUGGAAGGACCUGUCGACCUCUCGACCUCUCGACAGUACAAUGCUCAGCGUGCUUUCUCUUUGUUAUGGUGGCAAGUAAAUAGUCAGCUCUUUACUUCUUCGAAAGGGUUGAGUUCGACAUGAUUGUGCAGUGAGAUGUCUCUCUCUUUAGUUGCCACGUGUCAGUCGGGAGAGAGAGAGAGAGAGAGAGAGAGAGAGAGAGAGAGAGAGAUCUUGUGUUUUGAAAUGUACCUUGUAAAAGUAAUUACUUCAAAUGACUAUUGUGGUCAAGGAGCAAAGCUAUUCCGAGUCGCCCAAAGCGACUCUGAAUUCACUCUCUUUUCAA